GAUUAUUGCUUUAUAAACUAUGCUUAGACUCGUGGACUAUUUGGGCAAUGCUAUUGGGAAAUUGACUUUUUAGGGAUUUUUCUAUUCUGUAGAAGAACUUUUAAUUCUCCAGGGUUCGAAAUCCCUACAGAUUUCAGAUUCAGCUCGGGUAAUCACAGAUUCAGGCCUCCGAAGAGAUGAUGUCGCCGGAAGCCGUGAUACAAGUAGCCCUGUUCAUUCUCACAGCAGCGACGAUGUUAGCCGUACGAGAACUUUCCAAGCGAGCUUUCGGCAAGGUCCGCCUGAAGAACAGAGCGAUCCUCCAAUCCAGCCGCCACUUCCUCGAGGGAACUCAUCUACUCGCUCGAGCACGAUCUAUUUCUCAACAAUCUCAAUCGAUGGACUACGCGAAGAAGGCAGUAAACGAGGCCGAAACGGCGCUCUCGCUUUCGCCUAGAGAUCCGGCAUCGCACAUCUUGAAAGCCCUAGCCUUAAAUCACAUGGGUCACCACAGCUCCGCACUUAAAUCUCUCGACAUCGCACUUUCGCCACCGUGCUUGAAGUCAUUAUCCGAAAAAGAGGUCGCUAAGGCGUUGGUCAAGAGAGCCGAAUUGAAAAUCGCCGUCAAUCGGAAACGACGACUCGACUCGGCGGUGGAAGACUUGCUACAGGCGGUGAGUUUGGGCGGAGAUGACACGAAGGCCUUCUGUUUGUUGGGCCAAUGUUACGAAUGGAAGAAAAUGAAAGAUGAGGCCAGACAGGCUUUUGAGAAGGCCUUAACUGUAGAUCCUGAAUCAGCCCCGGCUCGCGAGGCAUUGGGCCGACUGAAUUAAGUCCCAUUUUGUAUUCGGCUCCAAAUGGGCCUAUGGAUAAUCAGUUAUUACUAGUAUAAUCAAUCU